AUGGCUCUCCUGCGGCGAUACGGACUCUACACGAUUCUCACGGCCGGCUUCAUCUGCUUUCUCUACUCGCUCAGUUUCCCGUAUGACCCAGUGCCAUUGACGUACCGUCCGCGACCGAAAAAAAUCAAGAAUCAAAAAUACAAGUCAUUCGACUGGGCUAGUGUACCGUGGCAAAACCCCGUCGAUUCCGUCAUUCCGCUACCGACUAGCAAACCUACCGCGCUACCCCAGAUACAAUUCAAGUUUGGCAAGGAGGACGCGGCGGAUAAGAAGAUACGUGAGGCUAGGCUGGAUGAUGUCAAGCAGCAAUUCCUCAAGUGUUGGAACCACUACAAAGAGUAUGCCUGGAUGGACGACGAGGUACGGCCUAUAAGCGGGGAUGUCUCGAAUCAUUUCGGAGGCUGGGCCGCUACGCUCAUCGAUGCGCUCGACACGCUAUACAUAAUGGGCUUUGAGGAAGAGUUCGCAAUGGCUGUGGAAGAUAUUGAGGAUAUUGAUUUCGGAUACACAGAUUUGGACAAGGUGAAUGUCUUCGAGACGAACAUCCGACACUUGGGUGGACUCCUCGCCUCCUACGAGCUGAGUGGAGACAAGAGGUUGUUGAACAAAGCAAAGGAGGCUGGUGAGAUGUUGCUGCACGCCUUUGACACGCCCAACCAUAUGCCGAUUACCCGCUGGCAAUUCCGUGCUGCGGGCGAAGGCAAGCCACAAAAGGCCGACGAACAGGUCCUUCUCGCUGAAAUUGGAAGUCUGACCAUGGAGUUCACCCGUCUCUCGGAGCUGACCGGGGAACCGAAAUGGUUCGACGCCGUCAACAGGGUAAUAAAGGUCCUCGACGAACAACAGAGCAAAACCCAGCUACCAGGCAUGUGGCCCACCAUCGUCAAUGCUAGCAACGCCGAUUUCACCAGCGACGGUGGUUUCACACUAGGAAGCAUGUCCGACUCAACAUACGAGUACUUCGGAAAACAAUACGCUCUGCUCGGCGGCCGCGACCCCAUCUACCGCAAAAUGUACGAAAAAUCAAUGGAAACAGCGUCCAAACACGCCCUGUACAGACCAUCCACGCCCGACAACACCGACAUGCUCAUGGCAGGCUUCGUCCGCGUCGAAAAGCAAAAAAUCUACCUCGACCCAGAAAUGCAGCACCUGUCCUGCUACACAGGCGGCAUGUUCGCCCUCGGCGGCAAAAUCUUCCAAAACGACGAGCACGUCGAAAUCGGCCGCAAACUAGCAAACACAUGCGUGUGGGCAUACAGAGUCUCGCCCGUGGGCAUCAUGCCCGAAGUAUCGCACCUGCUCAAUUGCAAGGACAAGAAGACGUGCAAAUGGGACGAGAAGGCGUGGCUGGACGGUAUCCGUCUGCGCACAGCAGAUUCCAACGAGGAAAAAGAUCCGGUGAAGAAUAUCGCUAAUCUACGUCUCCCCACUGGUUUCACCUCGAUUGAAGAUCGACGCUACCUUCUCCGACCAGAGGCCAUCGAGAGCGUCUUCGUCAUGUGGCGUAUUACGGGCGAGCGGCAGUGGCAGAAUGCGGCGUGGAAUAUGUGGACGGCGAUUAUGAAGGUUACGGAUACGGAUAUUGGGAAUUCGGCACUUAGGGAUGUUUCGGCUAAUCCGCCGCCAAGGGAGGAUAGCAUGGAGUCUUUCUCGUUAUGA